AUGGCAAAAACUUUGGCACAAGGAAGGAAGCCUGGUAGCGGCAGAAAGCCAGGAAAAGGCAAGACGUUAAGAGAGGGAAGAAAGCCGGGCAGUGGUAGAAGGAGGAGGCAAGAUAUUGGAGGUAGAGACGCCGAUGCGUCCCAACAGGAUCAGGAAUCGCGUCCCAUCAGUUCCAGGGAUAUGGAGGCUGUAGACGCAUUGAGAGAGUUGACGCAUAGCCCGUCUUCUCACCCAGCUCAUAACCCAACAACAGCACCGCCGCAUGUGGCAGCAGCGGCCCCAUUGCCUCCAUCUAUGGAUUACAGCCAGCAGUCAUUGAUGGAUCAGCAGUAUCAAUACCAAUACCAGCAGCAGCAGCAGCAGCAGCAGCAGCAGCAGCAGAGGGUGGACGUGGUCCCUCCUAAGCCGUUCAUCACUCACAAGAUCUUGUUGUCUUCAACAGGGCAACCUGCCGGCCAAAUGAAUUCAAACUCAAAUGCAAACCAUAACCAUAACCAUAAUUCAAACGGCGGUAACGUCAACAUGAACAUGAACAUGAACUUUAACAUUAAUGGAAACAAUCAAGACUCCCUGUCUUCUUUUCUAAUGGGACCCUACAACUACUUGCAACGGCCAUUCAUUGUGAAACCAUACCUUGAUCUGUCUGCAAGCACAGCGCCACCGAACCAAGCACAACCACAACCGCAAGCAACCCACAUCACAAAGAGUACGGAAACUACGGAGAAAAACACAACAAUAUGA